UCGCGUGCUCUGCAGUCAUCCUCAUAGACAUCGUUCACAGUCCACAGUCCAUUAUAGUUUCUAGUCAGGAUUUCGCAGCCAUAGACGAAUGCGAAUUCUUAACCUCUCUCCUAGUUCAAACAUCCAGAAAGAUGCUGCCAUUAUCAACGGCGAGAACGUUCGAAAUACGAUGGUGGCGGCCACGCAUUCACGCUACUCUUCCGGAUUGAUAGUCGAUUUCGUCCGCUAGCAAAGUAUUGAUGCGUAAGGAUAUAUUGCCGUAUUCGAACCAUUAAUGGACCAAUCAAUUGGUGGAAUAAAGCCGCAACUUGCCAUCAGCCGCCUCGCUUGAUUCCUGAUGGUUCUCAGCAAGGCAAAAGCCACCAUCGUACCAAAUGUCGGCAAAGCACCACGUGGUGACUAUCCAUGCGAAGGAAAAAUACUUUCGAGUCGGCGACUGUAGUUCGUAAAUCGUUAUAGUGGUCAAAAGCGCAUCGAUUCUCUGUUACCCGGCUGCUACCUCCUGAUGCACGUUUCGACAUUGUCGCAUUCCUUAUUGGGAAGUUUUGAAAGCCGGUACUCAGGGGCAUCCUUUGCGCUUGUUGGCCAAUUUCCGCGCAUAGCUACACUGACCGUUGGAAUUGGCAAAUCACAGGCAAGUGAACGCCCAAAUCCUCGCCAUCAUCGGCUAGCUAACUGGUCACAACUGAAGCCUACCCGAAAACAGGUAGGCAACAUUGACAGGGAGAGCGUGUUUGCAUGGCUUUCAUUUGUCAAUACCAACGGUAGCACUAACAGGCGCAGUGUGUCUCUACCGGUAGAUUUAUAGCCCUGUAGGUACCGCGCAUGAAAUUGCCACACUGACUUUUGAUCUUUGACUCGCACAGUCGGUGCUUCAAUAACCGGGACUUCGACAGCAGACACCCAGGAGCUCGAUUAAAUAGAGAGGAAUAUGAAACUCUCAGCAAAUGCAAUCGCGCUCUGCGUUGUUGGUGUCUGGAGCGGUGCCGACGCACAUCCGCUUUCGCCAAGAGAAACGUCGUCACCCUCCGUCGAUCUUGGUUAUGCUAUCUAUGAAGGCACUCACGAUGUGAAUCACAGCAUCAAUGUUUUCAAAGGCAUUCGUUAUGCGGCACCGCCUCUUGGGAACCUCAGAUUCGCUGCUCCCCACUCACCAGCCACCAACCGCACAGGCAUUCAACUUGCGACGAGUGAUCCACCCAUCUGCCCUCAGACCGGCGCCUCAAAGGAAACGCCAGAAGAAUAUGGGUUUUUGUCUGGUCCUGGAGAUGAAGAUUGUUUGUUUUUGAACGUCUUUGCGCCCGCAAAUGCAAGCAGUCUGCCUGUCUUCUUCUGGAUUCAUGGUGGUGGGUAUGGUUUAUUUUCGGCUUCGGGCCUUAACCCCACAGAGUUCAUGAGCAUCAAUGACAAUGGAUUCAUUUCGGUGAUCAUCCAGUAUCGCCUAGGCGCAUUUGGCUUUCUCGCUGGAGAUGAAGUCAAAGAGCAUGGCGCACUCAAUGCCGGUCUUCUCGACAUGAACUUCGCCCUGCAAUGGGUUCAGCAGAACAUCAGGAAAUUCGGGGGCGAUCCGAAUCGCGUCACAAUCGCAGGCGAGAGCGCUGGGGCUGGAGCGGUGAUGUAUCAAGCUAUGGCGUAUGGUGGCGCCCAAAAUGAAUCUCUCUUCAACAAUAUCAUCGCUGCCAGCCCUUGGGUACCUUAUCAGCACGGCUACAAUGACCCUGUUCCGACUGCAUCCUAUGAUGCUUUCGUAGAAGCUGCCGGCUGUCAUAAUGCCACAACCCUACAAUGUUUGCGUGACACUAACACUACUGUACUCCAGAAUGCCAGCGCUCUCGUUUCUGAAGCCGGUUCUUUUGGCUCAUUUGCGUUUCUUCCCGUCACUGACGGCGAGUUCAUUCAACAGCUUCCCUCGGAGCAACUCCUGGCCAAGGAUCUAAUAGGAAAGCGCAUUCUUUCCGGCAACAUGGCAGAUGAGGGUAUCCCGCUUAGUCCACCUUAUACAAAAACUCUUCAAGAUUUCCGAGAUUACAUCAACAUCACCUUCCCGUCUUUCCUCCCCGAAGACAAGCUCGGGGUAGAGGCGCAAUACUCGUACGAUGGUGAUGAUCAACCUGUCGAUCCCUCAGCACCUCUCUUCGCAACCGACGGCACAUCUUCUCCAACCGCGGUCAACCAAUCUCCAUUCGGCACCGGCCAGCAACAACGCGUCUUCAAUGUCUUCGCAGAGUAUGCCUUCGACUGUCCAAGUUACUGGCUCACCUCCGCCUUCCCACAGGCAUGGAAGUACCAGUUCAGUGCUCUUCCAGCAUACCAUGGCUUCGACUUGCAAGCUCUGUGGUACGAAAGAAGCGCGCCAGGCCAGAGUUUCAAGCACGCUUUCCGCAAAAUAUGGGGUAACUUCAUCAUCCAUGACGAUCCCACCAUCACAGUGGCCGAUGCGCAGGCGGGUAACACGAAAGCUCAAGUCCCUGUAGGUGAGGAUGGCGUGUCAAUCGAAUGGCCUCAAUGGACCGAGGAGAGCCAGAAGCUACUAUCACUGAAUACUACGGGCGGGGUUGCGACGCUUUCGAAUGUGACUGAGUAUUUGAAGUACUACAUGUACUCCGAUCCAGGCGUUGUCAAUCAGUUCCUGGUUGCAGACGCGUAUACAUGGGAAGGGGGACGUGGAGAGCGGUGCGAAUGGUGGUUGGAGCAUGCUGCAAAGGUACCGUACUGACGUGGAUUUGCCUGUGCUCCCAUGACCUCGAGUCUCAAAUGUGAAGUAUGAUGAUAAUCAGGGUCUGGAUUUGGAAUCGAGAUAUAGCUACCGGACUGUGUGCUUAAUCAUCUAUGUAUUUUAGUAGCUUCGUAGGUACAUAUGUAUCAAUCUACCUCCGUGUACGACUGCGUUUAAUGUGUGAUCCCCAUUAGAAAUUUCAGUGCACCUCAGGACAGUUCAUUGGCUACACUUUCUAUAUGAGCAUACUGUUGAAAGCAUCUCAACCUACCUUCUACAGCUGUCAACUUUCAUCUAAUAAUGACCCGGGAUCAGUCACGUGAGCUUUCGGUCAUUACCUCCAGUUAUCUUUACAUCUCAAUCCAGUCCCCAGGAAAGGCUGCUGCAAGGGAUAUGACACUUUGAAAGUGAUAGUAAGCUGACAUCGAGUAUCCGGCCACUCCGAAAGUCCGGCAUCGCGCAGAACACUCACCUGCCAAAACUUUGAACCUCGGCGCACCGUCGUCGCCACAGGAAGAAAGCGAUCAAAACAUCCCCCCAGCUCUAGACCCCCAUCCAAGACUACGACCCAGCCUCCCUCAAUCAAAAUGCACCCAUGCGACCUUGAAAUACCCUACCAAUCACACUCAACCCUCGCUUACCCCAGCCCGCAACCACCUCAUAUUUUCCCCACUCCCCGGUCAGCCAUCGGGAACGGGAUCCGCCGGCGCCACCGCCCUUGCGUUUGCACGAUGAUUCCAAAACCAAAU